AUGUCGCACAACACGACGGGUCCGCUCGUCACUGUGAAUGGGCACAAAUUUCAGCUUCCAGCAGACGAGCAGGCGCUGGAGCACGCCGUUCGGUCCUUCCCAUGGAUGACCUACCGCAACCACUUUGCGCAGAUUGCCGACAGCUACUACAACACGGACGCUGGCUGGGGCUGCAUGCUGCGAUGUGGACAGAUGCUUCUUGCUCGUGCCAUGACCGUGCAGCACCUCGGAAAGAAUUGGGCUCCAACAUCUCGAAAACAACGACACCAAGAGAUGGCCAGGUUUCUUCCGCUCUUCUUUGAUACUCCAGCUGCUCCAUUUUCAAUCCACCGAAUUGCAGAGCGCGGUGAAGCACUGGGCAAGACUAUCGGCCAGUGGUUUGGUCCAAACACUGUUGCCCAAGUUUUAAAAAACCUUGUCAAUUCUCAGCGAUCAAGCCUAAUUGUACAUUGUGCGAUGGAUGGUGUGCUCAAUCGAACUGAAGCAUCCACUCAACUGGCAGCCGCCCUCUCCGACGGCAAAAAGCACUCCCUCCUUGUUCUCGUGCCCAUUCGUUUGGGCCUCAAUCAGUCCAUCAACCCUGUGUACAUCCCAGCACUCAAGGCAACCCUUGAGCUUCCUCAAUGUUUGGGCAUUAUCGGGGGCAAGCCAAACGCUGCACACUUUUUCGUCGGCACGGUGAACGAGAACGUGUUGUAUCUUGACCCGCACGUCGUCCAAGAUGCCGCCAUGGAGCUUACGCCCGACACAGUAGAGUCGUUUUCUGUUGCGGUCUUGUCAAAGAUGGCCAUUUCGGAUGUUGAUCCUUCGAUGUGCGCGGCCUACUUGUGCUCCUCUGUCGCUGAGCUUGAGGACCUUGGCAAGCGUUCCAAGCAGAUUACGUCUCAAUUCCGUGGGUAUGGUCUAUUCGACGUCAUUGAGGACUCGCGCAUCAAUAGUCUGAGUCUCGAUUCCAUGGCUGUCGACUCGGAUGACGGCUCCGACGAGGACGAUUUCGACAUGUGCAAUUGA